AUGGCCUGGGGAUACUGGAGUGCGACGGCGGUCGAUCGCGGUCGAUCGCCUCGGCGCAACACGCAGCUGCCUCAAACCCAUGCCCUUUCGCUCAACACCUGCCCGCAGGCGGUGGAGCUGCCACCGAUUCAGCAGCAGCAGCUCAUCUGCGGCAACGGCUCCCAGCCGCAGCUGCACCAGCAGCAACAGCAACAGCAGCAAAUCUGCUCGAGUCCGUGCCACAGUCCCUGUCACAGUCCGCAGUUCAUCGAGCAGCUGCCACCGGAGCUGCCCUGCACACCCUGUACCUUCUCGCGUAGACAGUCACUUGAUAGUCCACAGGCAAACCAGCUUUCGGAUAUCAUCUGCCGGGCGACGCAACCUUCGAUCCAAUCGGCCGGCAAUACGCUGACGCGUGGGACUUCCCUGCGCGACACCGGUGACUACGCGGUACCUCAUCCACACCCGCACACGCACCACUACAUGUCCACGUCGGCGACACCGCCCUCGCUGAGCCGGGUCGGAUCCUGUCCGGGAUCGACGGGUGGGUCCGGUUCGGGCCAUGGGUCCGGUUCGGGCUCGAGUCCUGGCGGUGGUCCCGGGAGUUGUGGCGGUGGCAGUGGAAGCGUUGGUGGUGGGGGCGUCGGCAGUGGGGUGGGUAUCUGCGGGGGCAGCAUACUCGGGGGUAGCCAGGGUCGGUUGGAGUACAUCGAGUGUUCGCACUACGACCGGAUGCCGCUGCCGAUUCCGGUGCAGAUUCCUAUCGUGCCGCCGCCGCAAAUGCAUUCGGAGGACGAAAUCGAACCGGCCUACGCUACAGUAUUUCCCAACGUGCCGUCUGCUCCGGGAUUGUCCUGCGUCGGUGAAGACCGUAGCAUCUACCGAAGAGGAGCUAGAAGAUGGCGUAAGCUGUACCGGAUAAAUGGACACAUCUUCCAAGCGAAGCGAUUCAAUCGAAAAGCCUUCUGCGCCUUCUGCCACGACCGCAUCUGGGGUCUAGGACGGCAGGGAUUCAAGUGCAUUCAGUGCAAGCUGCUGGUGCACAAAAAGUGCCACAAGCUUGGCAACAAACCGUGCAGCAACGAGCACGUCGAACCGGUCUUCAAGGAGCGUGAUUUGGAUGAUGAAUCCAGCACGGGUGACGUCAUCCAGGCGCCGUUGGAAUACCCGUCGGAGUUGCGUUCGGGCGACGGUUGUGAUCAGGUACCGGUCGAGGUGAAUGACAACGUCGAGGAGCCACUGGAACCCGCCACCCAGCGGCAGUAUUCUUUGAACGAUUUCGAAUUGAUCCGAGUCAUCGGUCGUGGUAGCUACGCGAAGGUGCUUAUGGUGGAGCUGAAGAAGACCCGUCGCAUCUACGCGAUGAAGGUGAUCAAAAAGGCGCUCGUCACCGACGACGAGGACAUCGAUUGGGUUCAGACGGAGAAGCACGUCUUCGAGACGGCUUCGAACCAUCCGUUCCUGGUUGGGUUACAUUCGUGCUUCCAGACGCCAUCGCGACUGUUCUUCGUGAUUGAGUUUGUGCGCGGCGGAGAUCUAAUGUUCCACAUGCAGCGGCAGCGCCGGCUACCGGAAGAGCACGCCCGUUUCUAUGCGGCCGAAAUCAGCCUUGCGCUGAACUUCCUUCACGAGAAGGGCAUCAUCUAUCGCGAUCUGAAGCUGGACAACGUGCUGCUCGACCACGAGGGACACAUCAAGCUGACCGAUUACGGCAUGUGCAAGGAGGGCAUCAGACCCGGUGACACCACGUCCACAUUCUGCGGUACUCCCAACUACAUCGCACCGGAAAUUCUGCGAGGCGAAGACUACGGCUUCUCCGUUGACUGGUGGGCAUUGGGGGUGCUCUUGUACGAGAUGCUGGCCGGGCGCAGUCCCUUCGACAUUGCUGGUGCUUCCGAGAAUCCGGAUCAGAACACCGAGGACUAUUUGUUCCAAGUGAUCCUGGAGAAAACGAUCCGCAUACCGCGCUCGCUGAGCGUGAAGGCCGCUUCCGUGCUGAAAGGUUUCCUCAACAAGAAUCCGGCCGACCGUUUGGGUUGUAAUCGCGAUUCCGCCUUUUUGGACAUCAUUAAUCAUUCGUUCUUCAAGAGCAUUGACUGGGAGAUGCUUGAACAAAAGCAAAUUACGCCACCUUUCCGCCCGCGGCUAGACUCCGAUCGUGAUUUGGCAAACUUCCCGCCAGAGUUCACCGAUGAACCGGUACACCUUACACCGGAUGAUGACCGUGUCAUCGAUAAAAUUGAUCAAUCGGAAUUCGAAGGAUUCGAAUACGUGAACCCCUUGCUGAUGUCGUUGGAAGACUGCGUUUGACAUCACGCAUCUUGCGAACUGCAUCCAUACAACAUGCAGUUAUACGGUGACGAUUCCAGCGAUUACGAUUCCGUUGUGGAUGAGCUAAGCAUUCUUCAAUUACCUCCACCACCAUCGAAGAGUC